AUGAAGCUGCACUGGUGGUAUUGGGAAGAUGUCGGGCGAGGACGAGCAGCAGGAGCAAACUAUCACCGAGGACCUGGUCGUGACCAAGUAUAAGAUGGGGGGCGACAUCGCCAACCGGGUACUUCGAUCUUUGGUGGAAUCAUCCAGCUCAGGUGUGUCGGUAUUGAGCCUGUGUGAGAAAGGUGAUGCCAUGAUUAUGGAAGAGACAGGAAAAAUCUUCAAGAAAGAAAAGGAGAUGAAGAAAGGUAUUGCCUUUCUUACCAGCAUUUCGGUAAAUAACUGUGUAUGUCACUUCUCCCCUUUGAAGAGUGACCAGGACUAUAUUCUCAAGGAAGGUGACUUGGUAAAAAUUGACCUUGGGGUCCAUGUGGAUGGCUUCAUUGCUAAUGUGGCUCACACUUUUGUCAUUGGUGUGCCUCAGGGGACCCAAGUAACAGGGAGGAAAGCAGAUGUUAUUAAGGCAGCUCACCUAUGUGCUGAAGCUGCCCUACGCUUAGUCAAACCUGGAAACCAGAACACACAAGUGACAGAAGCCUGGAACAAAGUUGCCCACUCAUUUAAUUGCACACCAAUAGAAGGUAUGUUGUCACAUCAGUUGAAGCAGCGUGUCAUCGAUGGAGAGAAAACCAUUAUCCAGAAUCCCACAGACCAGCAGAAGAAGGACCAUGAAAAAGCUGAAUUUGAGGUACACGAAGUAUAUGCUGUGGAUGUUCUUGUCAGCUCAGGAGAGGGCAAGGCCAAGGAUGCAGGACAGAGAACCACCAUCUACAAACGAGACCCCUCCAAACAAUAUGGUCUGAAAAUGAAAACUUCUCGUGCCUUUUUCAGUGAAGUGGAAAGGCGUUUUGAUGCCAUGCCAUUUACUUUAAGAGCAUUUGAAGAUGAGAAGAAGGCUCGGAUGGGUGUGGUGGAGUGUGCCAAACAUGAGCUGCUGCAACCAUUUAAUGUUCUCUAUGAGAAGGAGGGUGAAUUUGUUGCCCAGUUUAAAUUUACAGUCCUGCUCAUGCCCAAUGGCCCCAUGCGGAUAACCAGUGGUCCCUUUGAACCUGACCUCUACAAGUCAGAGAUGGAGGUCCAGGAUGCAGAGCUAAAGGCCCUCCUCCAGAGUUCGGCAAGUCGGAAAACCCAGAAAAAGAAGAAAUAGAAGGCCUGCAAGACUGCAGAGAAUGCCACCAGUGGGGAAACCCUAGAAGAGAAUGGAGCUGGGGACUGAGGUGGGUCCCAUAUCCCCAGCUUGCCGCUCCUGCCUCGUCCCCUCCCACUACACCCAGGCUCUGCGAAGGGCAGUUUGACUUCUCCACCCAGGACCACCAGCAGGGCAGGAUCUCCCUGCCCCCACCCCAGUCCCCCAACCCACUCCCCUCCACCAACAACAACCUGCUCCAACUGACUCUGGUCUUGGGAGGCCAGGCUUCCCAGCCACCGAAGACUACUUUAAAUAGAGAAAAAGAAAUUGAAUAAUAAAAUCAGGAGUCAAAAUC